AUGCGAGUGUAUCAUCCAAGCACCUUCAUUCAGAAUGUCGAAAAUCCAGAAGGGCAAGGAGUCAAUCGCUGCCUCGACUACCUGGCGGUGAGAGACCCGCACGACGUCAAGACGACCAUCCACCAAACCAGGUGGGCCGCCCUUAAGGAGUCCUAUGAAUGGAUUCUGUGUCAUCCCCAGUUCCUGUGUUGGCGCGACAGCAACGAUAGCCAGAUCCUUUGGAUCAAAGGCGACCCCGGUAAAGGCAAGACGAUGCUACUCUGCGGCAUUAUCGACGAGCUUCGCCCGACCACGAAACUGGCCGAUCCCCAAGCCAAGACCUUCCUUUCUUUCUUUUUCUGCCAAGCCACUGUUUCCAAGCUGAGUAACGCUUAUGCUGUCCUGCGUGGUUUGAUCUAUAGGUCUCCUGCCAUGUAA